AGGACAACUACAUCCCGCAACGUAUGCCACUCUCAACGAUGGUACUCUUCUUCUCGAGACUAUCGCACGCAGCGCUUCUUUUGUGCAUCAUCGCCAGCACAGCCACCAUGUACCAACCAAACCUUGAGCAACAAGUGUUGGCCACCGCCUCGGACGCGUCACAAGAGCCCUACAGAGCCCCGCUAAGAUACAGUGAUGGAUCGCUUGGUGAUGUCAUCAAGGGGGAGUACAUUGUGGAGCUAUCUCCAGGUUACUCUUUCGAAGAUCAUUGCCGCAAUAUCGGAAGGGAUAUGGACGAGUAUGAGGUCAAAGUCCUCAAGCAUGUGUUUCCGGACUCAAUUGGGUACCCAUGUACGGGUGUUGGCGAUGAGGUCUUGGAUGAUAUCAGAGCGGAUAGUGGCGUCAAGGAAGUUUUCUGUGUGCCUGAAAAAGGGCCAAGCCGCGAGCGUCCUGUUAGGACAUAGCAGGUCAAACUGUGCUCGGCAACACGUGAUCUCUAGGGCAGAGGUCGUCUUGGGCAGAGGCUGCUGGCCCUUUUUCAUCGUAAGCGUGG